GCAUCUGAUGAGUCGAUGGACAUCACAGCUAUAGCAAGAAUGAGAAAGUUCAGAGCAAUGAACAAGCUUAAGAAAGUAGCCUUGAAGUUGAAGGCAUCUAUUCAACCUGGUGGAACAGUUACAUUUGAGCAUCGAAACAUCAAAGGGCAAAACAGGUCCAUUGUGGGUUCUGUGACAUCUAGCAAUCUCCUCAAUCCUCAGGAUGAUCUAUCUUUCAAGCUUGAGUAUGUGCAUCCUUACUUGGAUGGCGUGUAUAAUCCUCGCAACAGAACAUUUCGCACUAGCUGCUUUAACAGCCGCAAGAUGAGUCCUGUCUUCACUGGUGGGCCUGGGGUUGAUGAAGUUCCACCUGUAUGGAUUGACAGAGUAGGGCUCAAAGCCAAUAUAACAGAGAGCUUCACUCGUCAGAGCAAAUUCACUUAUGGACUCGUAAUGGAAGAGAUCACGACACGUGAUGAGACCAGUACCGUGUGCACUAAUGGUGCUCGGCAAUUGCCUACUGGUGCUUUGAGCAUGGAUGGACCUCCAACAACCUUGAGUGGUACUGGUGUUGAUCGUAUGGCAUUUGCACAAGCAAACAUUACUCGUGACAACACAAAGUUUGUCAAUAGUGCAAUUGUUGGUGAAAGGAAUGUGUUUCAGCUAGAUCAAGGCCUGGGAAUUGGUACCAAUUUCCCAUUCUUCAACCAUCGUCAGCUCACACUAACCAGAUUCACUCUUGGAGGACCUAAUUCUGUGCGGGGAUACAAUAUGGGUGAGUUGAGUGCGUGUAGGAAUAUUCUUGAGAUAUUGUGUAUGUAUAUGUUUUCGAUUUCAUUGUGAGAUGUUGAGAAAUCA